AUGAACAAAAACGGAACCGCUAAAAUGAAUGAUAAUCAAAUUAGAGCAGAAGGUAGAAGGUUAUUUAAACGCUUCUAUAACAUUCCUGAUGGUGUUAAUCCUAAAACUCGUAGAAGCUAUUUAAAUGAAGCAAUAGAUUCAUAUGAAGGGUUUGACAUUUCAUCAGAAAGUGAGAGAUUAGCGAGAAUGUUAAAUGUUAAUAUUGAUUUCUAUUAUUGUGAUCCUCAACCAGAAGACGUGGAUAUAAAUAAGGUAGACUUUCCAUUAGUGGAAUCAAUAAUGAUAGAUCCAGAAUUUGAAACAGUAAAUAUUUUAUUAACACAGAGUCCAUGUGGAAAACUUCACGCUGACAGAAUAACAGACGUUGAAGCACUCACCGGCUAUAAAGUUUGUCCAUAUUGUAAAGAAGAAGUUUAUUCUAUCCGUGAUGAUCCAGAAAGGAAAAACCAAAGAAGAUUUUUAAAGCAUUGUGAGAAAUGUAAAGAAAAUAAUGGAAGAUUAAUUCAAGACGUUCAAUUGCAAAAGACACAGCAACCAUAUGCACCACAUAUUACGAAACAGAAGAUAUAUCAGUGGUUAUUAGCUCACAAUUUGCAGGAAUAUUAUCAACCGACAAGAUAUUAUAUUACUUUUGACUUCGAAACAUUAGAGACUAAAGAAGAACUUCAACUUUCUGAAUGUGCAACUUUGAACGCUUACUUAAAACCAUUCAUGGUAUCAUCAACGGUUAAAUUAAAUGAUAAAACAUAUACGAGGAAUUUUUGCUUAACUUCGAGUGAUUCUUUUAUUUCUGAUUGGAUUGAGUUUUUAUUUUCAACCUGUUCAUUAGUUGCUAAAUCAAAUAUUGAACAAUAUGAAUAA